AUGCCUUACACACCGCCCUCGCACCAGUCUCCUGCCUCGUCCAGGACGACGAGCCCGGUUAUGAGCCGCUCAUCAUCAUUCAGCGCAGAGAGCUCAGGAACGCGGUCUCCAGCAUCGCCGAGACCUGCUCUCCCCCGCUCAGUAUCAUCGACCACUUAUCUUAACAAGCAACGACGAGGACCUUCAGUUACCCAACAAGAGCCAGCUGGUCUGCCGCAAUCGCCUGUCGACGACGACUCGUCCACUGGCCGUCACAUCGAGGGUGUCAUCUCUAACAAUGGUAGCAUCCGCCAGUCACCUUCUCCUGUGAACAAUCUGUUGAUUCCGACAGGUGCCAUCUUGUCACCCCCCGACUCGUCUGAGAACUCAGACGGUGAAGACAUUUCCGAAGCACCGAGGGGGCGCAACAGCUUUUCCCACACCUGGGGUGCACUGGAGCAAGCCGUACGGUCCAUCGAACUUAAGCGGGAAGGAUCCCCGGCAAGGAACGGUGUCUCCUUCUCAGAGCCCACCACUACCAUUCACUCGCCCACAGCACUGAGCGCCACAGCACGCAAAAUCUCACACUCGAGGUCGUCGACCGAGAACGCCAUCAUCAUACCUGACCGUAUUAUCACCGAGUCCCCAUCAGAAGAGAGCGACGACGACGAGUCUGACGAUGGACUGCGGGUCAAGCCUCCGCUUGUGAGAAAGAAGUCUGGUGAAUUGGUCAAGCCUGCCCUCCGACCCUCAUCAAGACGCAGAUACUCGAGCAUGCCCGGCACUCCCACAUACUCCAAGUCGGUCCACUUCAACGACAACGGCAAUCAAACCAGACACUUCCUGCAGGUCGAGAAGCCGUCUGCUAUCAGUGCCGGCUCCUCGCCUGUUGAUACUUACGAUGAGGAGACUGAGUACCCCUUCGAAGGCAAGGACAACUCGAACAAGGUUGAGUGGAACCUCAGGCUCGCAAACUUCCCCGAGGAGACUCACGAGCGUAAGCACCAGCCCGUCCGCGUCGAGAAGGUCUACCUGUCCACCGACACAAAGACACUCAUCGGUACCGUUGCUGUUGCAAACAUCUCGUUCCAAAAGCACGUUGCUGCUCGCUUCACUCUCGACUACUGGAAGACGACCUCGGAAGUCAUGGCCGAGUACGACAACGAUGUUCGCAAGCAAAACCCUCAUGAUGGCUACGACCGCUUCACCUUCAACAUCCGCCUUUCUGACCAAGCCAACCUGGAGAACAAGACAUUGCUGCUGUGUGUUCGUUACAACUGCGGAGGCCAGGAACACUGGGAUAGCAACAACGGCAUGAACUACCAAAUCGACUUUGUCAAGAAGUUGGCCAAGUCAGCUUCUACCAGUUCCCUCUCGUCCCUCCACAGCUCAUCCAGACCUUCUCGCAACACUAUCCCCCGCAGCAGACAUUCGCCUCCUGCGACACGUCAGGAACGUAGUCUGUUCGGUGAUGAAGACUUGCUUUCCAAGAACUCGACCUACCACUUCGGUUCCCCGGAAAAGCUCACUGGUGAUGCUGCUGCUCAGCCCCAGGUCAAGCUGAAGCCUCGCUCCAAGAGAGUCGACCUUUCUCGCGUCGGCUCUGCACCCGCGAACGGUCUCGGUGGAAGAUACGACUUCGGAGCAUCGCUCAGCGCCGCCUUGUCGACUGCCCAGGAUAAGCUCGGAAAGCAAAGUGGACUACUCCCUCACACCCAAGCCAGCUCUCAAGCCCAGGCACACUACUUCUCGCCCAGGACUACCAGCGAAGUCAAGCCUAUCGUACCGGAACGACCGGACACCAUCACCACCGACAGACCCGCCAUCGGAUCCCAGCAAUAUAAAGACCUCGUGAACAAGUUCUGCUACUUUACCCCUGGAUCUUCGGGCAAAUCAUCACCCUCUUCUCAAACGAACUCUGGAUCGAAGCCUAGCAGCACCGACGGCUCCGGUGACGGUGCAUCGCCCAACGAGUACAGCCCUCGAUCUGGUUCUGUCACUCCCACACCUCCUCAGAGCCUGUCGCCCUUUCUCGAUGGUGCAAACGACGGACUCACUAGCUGUAACACUAUCAGCAAGUUGAUCUCCCGCUCAGGCUCGCCUGCGUCUAUUAGCAGCAGCAACAACUAUGUCGCACGAGCCUACAGCUACCCUUACGCAAGGGACGGAUACCUCUCGGAGUCCCACACCCCGACCGCUAUCCGUGGCUGA